AUGUCUACUUGUGCACACGAAGGGCAUAAUGAAUCCAAGUUAAGGGAUACGUUCUUGGAGGUUAAAAAUAUGGUUGGGUUGACUAAAGAAGCAAAUGAAGUGAUGGAGCGGCUUCAGAUUGUUGGAGGAACAGAGGAGGUAGAAUGCAUAGCUAUUGUGGGUAUGACUGGACUUGGAAAAACCACACUGGCAAGAAAAUUAUGGAGUGAUUCUCAGAUUACAGAUAAAUUUUGCAAGAACAUUUGGGUUUCUGUCGGACAGUCGAACCAACUAAUUUUUGUGAUUCUCAAAUCAUCUACAGGACCUAAUCAAGAAUUUCGCUGUAAUGGUGAGAAUGAAUUAGCUAAAUUAAUAGCUCUGUUUGUGACUGAACAACACAUGAGGUGUCUCGUUGUGUUGGACAAUGUGUGUGGUAGCGGACUUGUGAAUUUUUUCAAAAAUGUUCUCCCAGAAAACAACAAAGGACAUAGGAUCUUGAUGACCACUCGCCGCAGAGAUGUGGCAGCUAGUUGUGCAAGUAAGGAACCUUAUCAUCUCAAGUUUCUCGAUGGAGAAGACAGUUUUCGGUUGCUGGAAAAGAUAGUUUUUGACAAUGGAAUUAGGCAUAGGAAGGAUGAGUUAGUAGAGGUUGGAAAGAGUAUUGCAAGUAAAUGUGGAGGAUUACCACUCGCAAUAGAGGUAAUUGCUGGAGCUCUAAAAGUUAAUCAGACCGCGUAUUAUUGGAAAAGGGUAGAGAACAAUUUUUGGCAGUUUGUUGUGAGAGAAAAUGACACAUCAAGCUGCUGGAAAAUUGUGGAAGCCAGUUAUGGAAGUUUGUCCUCCGAAAUGAAGGCGUGCUUCUUGUAUUGCCUAGCAUUUCCGAAAGGCUAUGAUAUCCCUUUUCAGAUGUUGAUUAGCUUGUGGAUGGCGGAGGGGCUAAUAGAGUCAAAUCCAAUAAAUUUCUCUUCCCCUAAGGACAAAGCAGAGGAUCAUUUGAUGGAGUUUGAGAAUUUGAACCUUGUGACUGUGUCGAGAGAGAUUACUGGUUCGAUAAAAAGGAUCAAAUGUAAUGAAAUAUUCUAUGACUUCUACAAGAUGGAGGUGACUAAAGAAAGUGUUUUUCAACAACUAGGUCAAACACAUGAUCUUCCAUCAAUAAACGAUCCAGAUAUUUCUCGUCGAUUGCAUAUUGAAUCAUCUCAUCUUUCAGAUUUUAUCUCCCAAAAUCCUAGUGCAGAACAUGUUAGAUCUUUCUUAUGUUUCCCCUCGGAUGAUCGUGUUGCUAAUGUUGACAUUCAACUCAUCCCGAAAGCAUUUCCACUUCUCAGGGUUUUGAAAAUUGAAUCAAUCAACAUACCCUCCUUGAAGAAUCUUGACCAACUAUUUCAUCUGAGGUACAUUUCUAUCUCAGGUAAUUUCAUGGAACUUCCUGCAUUCUUUACUAAGUUUUGGAGUUUACAAUCUAUUAUAAUUAAUACAUCCCACCCCACUCUCGACGUAAAAGCAAACAUAUGGAACAUGUCAAAGUUGACGCAUUUGAAGACCAACAAACCUUGUAAAUUGCCUCUCCCUUCAACCCAAAAGGGAAAACGCUCCUCCUGUCCGCUGCAGACUCUUUCUAAGAUUUCACCUCAAACUUGCAACAAAGACGUGCUCGGAGAGGCUUCCAACAGCCUCAAAAAAUUGAGUAUACAAGGGAACAUAGAAGAUUCUCUUAAAACUAACAGCGACAGAUUCAGCACGUUUGAAGGGUUUCAAACUUUUGAAAAGUUUGAGUGCCUAGAAAAUUUGAAACUGAUAAGUGAUGUCCCUUGCCAUAGUAAUGCUUUUCAGCUUCCAAAAGUAUUAUUCAGAUUUCUACUCAAGCUUAAGAAGUUAACUUUGUCAAACACAAUGUUCGAUUGGAAAUAGGCGACUAAACUGGGCCAACUGUGAUGCCUGGAGGUCCUAAAGUUGGAAAAGGAGGCAUUCACAGGGAGUAUAUGGAAGCCGGAGGAAAAUGAAUUUCGGAAACUGCACAUCUUGUCGAUUCAUAGUGAUGACCUCCAUACUUGGGUGGCUUCAAAAUCUCACUUCCCCGAGCUUAGGGUACUUGUUCUUGAGUGUCCUCAGCUCGAGAGUGUGCCAGCUGAACUAUCUCAGUUUCUGCAACAGUGCUCCGAAAAGCAUCAAUUCUUUGCUCAUUUGUAUGAAGCUGAUCCCAGGGCCACUCAGUGA